AUGCCCAAGAACUUCCCGGCACGAAGGAAGUGGGUGAUCACCAUAAUGCUAGGAAUGAUGACAGUUUGCGUUACUUUCGGGUCUUCGGUCUUCAGCACAGCAACAAAGCAGACGGCGAAAAAGUUCGGUGUCUCCCCAGAAGUCAUGGUGUUGGGUGUCAGUUUGUUCGUCCUGGGCUUCGCCUUUGGCCCUAUUAUCUUCGGUCCCCUGUCUGAGCUGUACGGACGAAAGCGACCGUUAUUUCUGGGCGUGUUUGUCUUCGCAAUCUUUCAGAUCCCCGUCGCGGUAGCCCAGAACUUGCAGACUAUCUUCGUAUGUCGCUUUCUGGGUGGACUUUUUGCCAGCGCACCCCUUGCCAUUGUAUCCGGCAUACUGGCUGAUAUGUUCCAGCCCGUAGAGCGAGGGAUUGCAAUGGCCGUGUUUGCCGCGGCAACCUUCAUCGGACCGGUCGCUGGACCAAUCGUCGGGGGGUUCGUAACAAUCUCCUACCUGGGCUGGCGUUGGACGGAGUAUAUCACAGCCAUUUGGGCGUUGGCCACCGCUGGCAUCGGGCUCCUGGUAAUUCCCGAGACGUUCGAGCCGAGGUUACUCACGCAACGCGCUCAGCGACUGCGACACAAAACCAAGAACUGGGCUCUCCAUGCAAAGGCAGAAGAGAAUGUAGUAAACUAUCGGGAUAUCGCAGUACGAUAUCUCCUGCGCCCCUUCCAAAUGCUCGUGCAGGAACCCAUUCUUCUGCUUGUUACCCUGUAUACAGGUUUCAUCUAUGCGUUUCUGUACACAUGUUUCGUGGCAUAUCCAAUCUCCUUCCAAGAAGAGCGUGGAUGGAAUGGUGGCGUUGGAGCAUUGCCCUUUGUCGCUGUUAUUUGUGGUGUUUUCUGCACUUGUUUGAUUAUCAUUGCGUUCUCAUUGACUCGGUAUAGAGCGUUCAUAAUCCGCAAUGGCCGGGUUCAACCAGAGGAGCGGCUGAUUCCUAUGAUUAUUGGAGGCGUCCUGCUGCCUGCCGGCAUGUUUUGGUUUGGCUGGACCUCAAAUCCUCACAUUAUUUGGGUUCCGCAAGUUGUAUCUGGGGGCUUCUUGGGGUCAGGGGUGAUAUUGAUCUUCCUGCAGGGGCUUAACUAUAUCGUCGAUGUGUAUCCUCUGUAUGCCAACUCCGCGAUCGCAGCCAACUCCUUCUUUCGUGCAUGGCUGGGGGCUGGAUUUCCUAUGUUCGCAUCGGGAAUGUUUCACAACCUGGGCGUCCCUUGGGCGAUGACAUUGCUAGGUUGUCUUACCGCUGCCUUGUUCCCUGUGCCCAUUGUGUUUUACAUAUAUGGGCCAAAGAUACGGUCAUGGAGUAGAUUCACCAUGAAGGAAGAAUGA